UUUUACCUGCUUCUCUACACAAGCACAUUUUUCGAACUUCUCCGCUGUCAACGCGGCCCGCCGAAAGCUCCCGUCUCGUCCAUUUCAAUUUUACUCCCAGUGGCAUUUACUACGUUAUAUCGUUAUUCCAAAAAUAACGUAACGAUGUCGGGAAACCUAGACAUUCUAGCGCUGAAGGAUGACGACGUGAACAAGAUGCUGGCCGCGACGACCCACGUCGGCAGCACCUCCGUCAACUUCCAGAUGGAGUCGUACGUGUUCAAGCGCCGCCCGGACGGCGUCCACAUCAUCAACCUGGGCCGCACCUGGGAGAAGCUGCUGCUGGCGGCGCGUUGCAUCGCGAGCAUCGAGUACCCCGGAGAGGUCUUCGCCAUCUCGUCGCGUCAGUUCGGCCAGCGUGCCGUGCUCAAGUUCGCGCACUACACCGAGGCCACCCCGAUUGCCGGUCGCUUCACGCCCGGUGCCUUCACCAAUCAGAUCCAGCCGGCGUUCCGUGAGCCGCGUCUGCUGAUCGUGACCGACCCGCUGACCGAUCGCCAGCCCAUGACAGAGGUGUCCUACGUCAACAUUCCGGUCAUCGCGUUCUGCAACACCGACUCGCCGCUCAAGUUCGUCGACAUUGCCAUCCCGUGCAACACCAAGUCGCCGCACUCGAUCGGUCUGAUGUGGUGGCUGCUGGCCCGCGAGGUCCUGAAGCUGCGCGGCAAGAUCUCCGACAAGUGGGAGCUGAAGCCCGAUCUGUUCUUCUACCGCGAUCCGGAGGAGCAGGAGAAGGAGCAGGCUGCGCUGCUGGAGGCUGCCCCGGCCGCCAAGGAGAUGUACACCGACGAGCCGAUCCCGGCCGUCGAGGAGGGUGGAAACUGGGGCGAGGAAGCUGCUCCGGCUGUGGCCGCUCCUGCUGCGGCUGUUCCGGCCGUCGCUGGUGCCGCCAUCCCGCAGAUGAUCCAGGCCGAUGACUGGAACGAGGACGAAACCCAGACCGCCGGAUCGUGGGGUGGAGCUACCGGUGGAUUCUAAGGGACACGGUGCUGGUACGCGCGAAGAGCCGUGUACGACGGUCGGCUGGUCGUCGAUGCUGGCCAUCAAUAAAAAGCUCUAAAAUGAAA